AUGAGCUCAUCAAUACCGACCACUCAAAGCGCAGCCGUCAUAGAAAAUCCUGGGCCAAAUGGAAUCGUUCGAAUUGACAAUUCGCAUCCCGUUGAGGCCCCGGGCAAGCAUCAAGUCCUUGUCAAGUUGGAAUUCAGCGGUAUCUGUGGAUCAGAGGUUCGGGCGAUGCUUGGCUGGGGAAAUUACAGGCCCGUCAUAGGCCACGAAGGAGUCGGCACAGUCGUCAAAACAGGCGAGAACGUCUCAGAGUCGAUACUCGGCCAAAGGGUAGGCGUGAAAUGGCUUCACAGCGCAUGCGGCCUUUGCUCAGGAUGCAAAACCGGAUCUACAAACCAUUGUGCAAACCCCGUCUUCACUGGGCUUCAUGUUCAAGGGACUCUGCAGCAAUACGUAAUCGCUGAUUCGCGAUACUUGACGAGGAUUCCAGACGGCUUGCGUUCAGAGUUAGCUGCUCCCUUGCUGUGUGCAGGGCUGACAAUGGCAGGCGGGAUUGGAAAGCUCGAUACGCAUAUACCCAGUGAUGGAUGGGUGGUGGUUCAAGGCUCUGGCGGCGGCCUGGGACACAUAGGAAUCCAAAUUGCCACCAGGUUGAGAGGCUUCAAAGUUAUCGCAGUCGAUUCCGGGGCAUCCAAACGGGAUCUCAGUCUACAAUGCGGUGCUCAGUUCUUCAUCGACUUUGCCACGGAGAAUGUCGAGGAGAGGGUGAAGGAAAUAACCGGAGAGGGAGCUCACGCGUGCCUUAUUGUAUCGGGAUCUGAGGCCGCGUUUGAGGUAGCUCCAAAGCUGGUUCGGAACGCGGGAUUGUUAGCCAUCAUCGGCUUACCCCCAGCGACAUUCAAUUUCCCCAUGACGGCCAGUCUAUACGCAGUAAAAGCGCUCACUGUCACAGGUGUUAUGGUAGGGACUGAGCAGCAGAUAGUGCAGCUCCUGGAACAAGCUGCUGCAGGCAUCAUCAACCCUGUGGUUCAAAUCGAAGACUUUUCAGAAGUCCCGAGAAUUUUUGAGAAGCUCAAAAACAACGAAGUGACGGGACGCAUUGUGUUUCAAAGUCUUGCACCAUACAAAAUCAACAUCCAAAACGCACAUUCAUAUUCAGGAGACAUUCGAUUGUCCAAGUUGCCGCAACUGUGGUGCAAGAUGCCGUCUCCAAUCCUGACCGCGACGCUUCAGGCCGCAGCCCUAUCAACAGCGUCCAACCUCUGUGCUCAGUUCAUUGAGACAUACUGGAACAAUACCGCCUUUCACCUGGACCAUUUCCAACUCUUCCGCUUCAUAGUCCUCUCUCUCAUCACCGCUCCCCCAAACUACCUUUGGCAGCAGUUUCUCGAAAAGUCCUUCCCAGCAUACCCACCCAUGCAGAAAUCACGAGAUGGAGGUAAGGAUAUAGAACUCAAAGCGAUGGAAGAAGCCGCAGCUGGGGCUUCCAUUGGCGGGGGAUCUCAAUCACACUCUGAAGCAGCAACUCAAUCCAAGUUCAGCAUCCGAAACACUCUCACCAAAUGGUUCAUCGAUUGCAUCACUGCCGGGGCGAUCAUGAAUACUGUUGCGUUUUUGGUCAUCAUGGGAGUGUUAAAGGGUCAACCAAUGUCUCAGAUAUCUUCUAAUAUCAAAGCCGUGGGUUCUCAGCGCUAA